AUGAGCCAUUUCGCUACCAACAGCACACCUCGGCUGUCCGCCAGAAAAGUUCCGGUAGACGCAGCCCCAGGGACCUCAGAGGCGGUGAGAUCUUCAAGUACGCGCAGCUACUACACCAGUAAUAGCACCGUGACUCGCGCAAGUCCUGCUAGUCCUACGAGUCCCGUUGGGGAUGUGGGCCAUCUGGCCGCCAGAACGGAUGGUACCGACCUACAAAUCUCGGCGGGUGCUCGAUUGCCCAUCGACGAGGACUCGGUCCAGCUAAGUUAUGCCUCGCCGAUCUCGAACAAUAUCAACGCCUCCAUACGGCUUCGUAACGGCACGUCAUGCCAUGCUGCACACGAUGGCAGUCACGGGGAUCGUCCUGGCCAUGGUGCGUCCAUGUUCACGCCGUGGAUCGGCUCUACGGCGGGCGCUCGGGCCUGGAGCGCUGCUGAUGAAUUGGAAGCUGCUAUGCCGACAAGAGGCGAAAUCUGGAUAGCUACCCGGCUUCGGCGCUACCUCGUCGGCAUCAGCUGCGUGCUAUACCUUGUUGCCGCUGUUCUGCUCAUCGUGGUCCAAACAGGAAGCACUAAUACCAGCCGGACUUCGACCAGCCUCUUCCUCUUCCGCUUCGACCUGUCGCAGCUGUUCGACGACAGCGUUAUCCCUGGCACCAACACCACCGACCCUGCCUGGGCCCAUGCCCUCUCCCAGAGCCUAGGCUUGCGCAACUACUACCAGUCGGGCCUCUGGGGAUACUGUGAGGGUGACCGCUUGUCCGCCAUUUCCAAAUGUUCGCGUCCCCAGGCCUUUUACUGGUUCAACCCCGUCGGCAUCAUUUUCAGCGAGCUCCUCAAUACGAGCACGGUACCACUGCCCAUCCGCGUCCAGACCGUUCUCGAUAUCAUCCGCUACGUCUCGCAGGCCAUGUUCGGUACCUACCUCGUCGGCACGAUCGUGUCGGGCCUGCUCGUUUUGUUGUCGCCGCUCGUGCUGCUGUCCCGCUGGUGGAGCGUGCCCAUCGGUAUUCUCGCGGCCGCGACGGCGCUCUGUCUCUUUAUUGGCUCGGCCCUGGCCACGGCCGUGGUGCUCGCGUACCGGCUGGCGGGUUCGGCCAUCAACCAGCUCAACAUUUUUGUCGACGUGGGCAACACCAUGCUGGCGCUGGUAUGGACGGCGUCGAUCCUGGCGUUCGUGUCGCUGGUCCUGCACGCGAUCCUCGGCAUCUGUGGACCGUCGCUGCGCGAUCUUCGCACUGGCCGGCGGGCGAUCCUCCGGCUACCACCCCUGGACAUGAUGGAACUGCCUUGUGAAGAGCGCCCUGACCUUGAAAACAAGCCGGGAGCCGCAGCAGGCAUCAAAGAGCGUAUGCAAAGCAAGGGCGGAGCCGUAGCCGCUGCACUGAAGCCAUGGUUCUCACCUUUGGCCAUGCACCCUUUCGUGAUGCGCGAAAAUGCUGUGCCGGUCAGCCCUCCUCCAGCCCCCCAUACAAAUGAACCGCCGAUGUAG